GGACACUGUCGGUAGGGCACGACGGCACAGAGCUGUACGAACGACUGGAUAACAUGGAGCAGGAUUCGGCAACCAAUGAAGCAAGGGAUGAGAACGGUACCUCCGAAACGAAAAAAAAAAGAAAAAAAAAUCCCGAAAAGGGCAUAUACCAAGCAUGGCGCUUUCUAGACAAGCUUUCUAGGAAAUCCUCCACCGCCACCGUCCUUGGCAGUAGUGGGUGGGGACAGGCGGCGCUGUAUGGUCUUGACGCGACGGCAGUAGUAUCCAUAAGAUCUUUUACCAAUCCUACCUGUGGUCGCGAUGAAAAUAGCUCACCAGUCAACUCCUUUACAGCUGAGAAAGGUCCGCAACUCCACCUAGAAGAUACGUUGAACUACACCACAUACGACUCGACUAUCGCUGACUUUGAGACGCAACUCCAGCGUCUCGCGAGCUGGGACCGCGGAGUGGCCGUCGACGUGUUGCAUAUGCAGCUACUGGCACACAAAUGGGGUACAGACCACUCUACUAUAUACGUUAUGCAUCUAGGCUCUGGGCCGUGGCAUCAAGCCGUACCAUUGCCCAUUGACGAGCGACGGGUAGGGUUGCCAGAGACGGGUUGAGCAAUGACGCUCUAGCACACGGUUCUGAGCAUAUAGCACCCUAGACUCGUGGUUACGCACUCCAGGUCUGUCAUGCGCAUUCUAAAGUACCGUCCCACCCAAGCUGGUUAUUGCAUCAAAUCGGCUGGGGAUUCGAGAU